AUGGCAAAAUCAUUACCAUUUCCACGCAUAUAUCUGUUACCAACUCACCUGGAGCCACAGGAGCUCCACUAUUUCGAGGACGCCGUGUCGUCUCUCACAUACGACAUUCAUGAAGCCGAGCUUAUAGUAGGCAAAAUAUCAAGACCGGCGCGAGCGGAAUUCGAAUUGAGGCGGCGUAAACUGAAUGUUAGGUUACGCCCAGAGCGUGAUGGUCAGAGUACAACAGCAUCGAUAUCGCCUGGCCCUGUGGGGGCGUUGCAAGAGUAUCCGGGUCCAAAGCGUCGCAAAAUAGUCGAUGCCCAGCAUUCAAAAUAUCAAGCUGUGGAGAAUAAAAGAAUCCAAGUUCUUAAACUAUCAUGGCUAAUAGACUGUCUUGCUCAAAGGAAGAUUCUUCCAGUUGACAACUACCUCCUGCUUGAGGGCUACAAGAUUACGCCACUGAUCCCCAACGUGGCACUGAAUGAGGGUCACGAUCCCUCAUACGCAGGCAAAAUCCUAGAGCGUGCGACUAUGGACACCGCCCCAAACACUUCAACUCAGGCUGCACUAUCGCCUUCGCGGUUUAAAGUCGAUCCAAUAGUCCACAGUCAGGGCACACCGCCGCCACUGGUGCGAGAGACGACCUCUGAACAUGAGGUCAAAAUGCCUGGUAUCCCUGACUUCCUCCACACAACAUACUCAUGCCAGCGACCAACACCUCUGAACUCCCCAAAUGACGACUUCAUUCUAGAAUUGAAAAAAAUCCGAACCUUGCGAAUUCUCCAAGGAGACCAGAUUGGUGUACGGGCAUACUCAACGUCCAUUGCCACAAUAGCGGCAUAUCCGCAUCUCAUCAAAAGUUAUCAUGAGGUUGAACAACUCCCAGGCUGCAGCACUAAGAUUGCUGAGUUGUACCAAGCAUGGCUGAGGGAUGGCCAGACCAGAGAGACAGCCGCUGCAGAAUCAGAUGCCAGGAUGUCCACACUGAGGCUUUUUUACGAUAUAUGGGGGGUAGGCGAUACCACUGCUAGGGAAUUUUACAAGAAAGGAUGGCGUGGCCUUGACGAUCUCGUGGAGUACGGUUGGAGAUCCCUUACCCGAGUCCAGCAAAUAGGUGUAAAGUUUUACGAGGAAUUUGCACAAAAAAUAUCCCGUCCAGAAGUAGAAGGAAUCGCAAACCUAAUACUCGAACAUGCGCGGGGAAUCGAGCCUGGAUUUGAAAUGGUGAUAGUGGGGGGUUACCGGCGAGGCAAGAAGGAAAGCGGCGACGUGGACAUCAUCUUGAGCCAUCGCGAAGAAUCGAAGACCAUGCAUAUGAUUGAAAAGAUCGUGGUCAGCCUUGAACGAUUCAACCUUGUGACUCAUACUCUCAGUAUGUGGACUAAAAACAGCGAACGAGGCCAGCUACCGCUGGCAUGGCAAGGGGAUGGAGCUGGGCGUGGAUCGGGGUUUGACACGCUUGACAAGGCCAUGAUUGUGUGGCAGAACAAGCAACACUUGGGUCAGAAAGCGCCGCAUCGAAGAGUGGAUAUCAUUAUCAGCCCUUGGAAAACAGUUGGGUGUGCACUGCUAGGGUGGAGCGGUGGUACGACGUUUCAAAGAGAUCUUCGACGAUACUGUAAACAGGAAAAGCAACUCAAGUUUGACAGCAGCGGCAUUCGAAGUCGCACAGACGGGACGUGGGUAGAUUUUGAAAGCCGGCUUGUGCCGCCUGUAGGAGAGACAAGCCCAGUUCAGGCAUUCCAGCUGGCGCCAAGCAUGGAGGUCGCAGAGAAGCGAGUUUUUGAAGGGUUGGGCCUGACUUGGCGAGAUCCGACCGAGAGGUGCACAGGGUGA